AUGUCUCCUUCAGCAACGAGCUGGUCCGCGGCGGACGAGAGUACUAAUGGAGCUGGAGCUGGAGCUAGGGCUGGAGCUGCCAAUGGCACUAUGAACGGCUACGAAGCUGCUCGCACAAAUGGGCAUCUUAACAAUGUAGCAAACACCAACGGGCACAUAGGUGGCGACCCAAAUCUCUACACGACCGGCUACACACACGGCUUCACCAAUGGCUACAUCACCGGAUACGCAUCGUCUGAAAUGCCAAAGCAAAUGCCUAUCGCCAUUGUGGGCAUGUCAUGCCGCCUGCCAGGAAAUGUCACCACUCCGGACGAGUUCUGGGAGCUGUGCUCUCGCGCUCGUAAUGGGUGGUCCGAGAUUCCAAAGGAGAGAUUCGAGAGUGCCAGUUUCCAUCACCCUAAUCCGGGAAAGAGGAGUUGA